CUAGGAAUUAACAAUACAAUAUAAACUUCGAUGACGGCGAACAUUCACCGAAUUUUGGCUAUCUGCGCGUAUAGGCUCUCAAGAUAUUAAGCAAUAAACAAUUACAAACUAUUGAUAACUCAAAGCGAUAAAAUAAAAUUGCAAAUUUUUCAUGGUAGCUACCAUGUAUCAGAAAUUGCAGUUUUAUUUCAACAUCAUCCUCAAUUGGAAGCUGCUGGUAUGCCUCGUUCUUCUCAAAUACGUUUUAGUUUUAUACAGAACUCGCAGAUUAUUGAAAUUUUCAUUCGACCACAACGGACCCGCAUAUUUUCCGCUGGUAGGAAAUUGGUAUUGGCUCAUCGGAAAAGCGAAUUUGAGUGCGUUUAUAGAUCUGAAACGACGUUUUUCGUUGCCCUGCAAUUUGUGGCUUUCGCAAACCUGUUACAACUACGUCACUGAUGUGCCGCACGAAGUGAAAACCAUCCUGACUCAUCCGAACAGCUACGAGAAGGCGACGUUUUACAGCAAUUUCGUCUCCGAUCUGUUUGAGAACUCGCUGGCAGUUGACAAGUGGGAAAAAGCUAGGCUACAGAGAAGAUUCGUAUCAAAAACUUUUUCAUUGAACUACCUAAGACAGUUUACUCACUCGUUUCACACAAACAUUUCCACGCUACUUGAACGCGUAUCUUCCAUCAGUACCGUAGAGGAGCUUAUCCAGGUUACCAGCGAAAGGACAGCGUGUAGUAUUUUGGUAAAUAUAAUGGGCCUGAAAUCGGAAAAUUUUGUCAAAGAAUUGGUCUACCACCUCACAUGCUACCAGAAGUGUUUUUAUAAUAAAACUUAUUCGAGGGCGCUUCCUCCGCGGCUUUGGAGACGUUUUACGAGUCAAGGGCGCGAGGCUGUCCAUCACUAUUCGAGAAUGAGAGAUCUAAUAAGAACUGGUUUAAAAUUAUUUCAGGCGACCAAAUUGAGGAAGCAACAGAUAAAAGCGGCAGACGACGAAGACACCGAAAAAAUGACAUUUUUCGAUUUGCAUAUUCUCGGACGAAGCCCAUACACUGAAAAUGAGUUUGAAGACGAACUCUUUCUCUUAAUAUUAGCGGGUAUUUCUACGACCGCCGUAACCAUAAGUUUAGCACUUGCGCUUCUUGGAAUGCAUGCCAGUGUCCAGGAGACGUUGUACGAAGAAGUGAAGAGAUGCGUCGAAUCAGAAACCGCGAUUUUGCAUGAAGACAUCCAAGAGCUCAAAUUUAACGAGCAAGUCAUUCUCGAGACUUUAAGGUUAUUUCCAGCACUUCCUUUCCUGGGUCGUUACGUUCGUAACGAUAUUGACUUGGGCACGAAGAUAAUACCAAAAGGUUCUAACGUGAUACUGCCUUUAUAUUUAAUACAUCGGAAUGAAAAAUUUUGGCCAAAUCCAGAAAAAUUCGACCCCGAUCGAUUUUCGUCACAGAAUUUGGCAAACAUUGUACCAGGGUCGUACGUUCCGUUUUCGAUGGGCGGGAGAGACUGCAUCGGGAAGACAUACAGUAUGAUUUUUAUGAAAAUGGUUGUCGCUAACGUCGUCAAAACAUUUAAAAUCGAGUCCAACAAUCAAAGUGUGGAGGACUUUAAAAUUGCUUCGCACAUAGACUUAAGACCGAACGGAUAUAUAGAAUGUAGAUUUAUCCCUCGCGAUAUGGGAUAUAACAAGUGAAAUAAAAAUAUUGGAAAACCUUAUUAUUAUUAAUUAUUAAAUACUGCAAAGUGGUAAACAAAUAUUGUGGACGUUUUUCAAAUGUCCGUAUUUGGAGAGGAAUAUAUAAAUAUAAAUUAAGUUUCAGCUAAUUUUACAUUUAUUUAAAGUCUUUAAAAU